AUGGAAAAUGAUGAAUUUGCAGUUCCCACCUUCGUCCGCUCUGUCCCGAAUCAAGAACAUCGUGAGUAUACAAACCAAUUAAGAAAAUGUCAAAAAUCCGAAAGGCAAUUGAAUUCAGAAGAGUUGUUGACUCCAUCACUAGUCGAAAAGGCUGAAUCUUUGAAGAAAAAAACUGAUAGUUCUGGCAAAUUGAAUACUAAUAAUGGUGUGGAGUACAAUCCCGACAACGAAAGGUGCAACCCCUCUGUAUUGGAUAGGAAUAUCAUGACACUGGAUAAAAGAAGUGAUUCUACCUCUGUCAUGGAUUUUCCAUGUGAGGAUCAGAAUAUUUUGCACGAUAUCAGUAAUAAAACGGGAUUUCAAGACAGGCCAUGUAGAUCACAGCAGAUGAGAGAUUUAGACAGAGUUGACAGUUUGUCUGAAAAUUCUGUGGUGGAUUCAGUUUUCCCACUCGAUAUAACGCCCGAUGAUGUGGUAGGAGUAAUAGGUCAAAAACAUUUCUGGAAAGCAAGAAGAGAAAUCGUAAACCAACAAAGAAUUUUUGCCGUUCAAGUAUUUGAGUUACAUCGACUGAUAAAGGUCCAGAGACUGAUAUCUGCAUCACCACAGAUUUUGCUCGAUGACUCAGCUUAUUUCCCCAAACCAAUCAAAUUAGCUUCUCCUGGUAAAAGAAAAACGCUAAAUAAUCCCUUCAAAGAAAACCCGCACAUACCCAAGCCGAAAGGCGGACCCGAAAAGCCCGUUCAGGAGACGAAAUCCGGCUUCGAAAAUGCUACCACCGAGAAGAAAUCGAUUUCUUCUGCUUCCUUUCACAAUGGGUUACAGCCUCCGAGCAAUUCUGGGCCUUGGGGUUUCAGUCCUCAGUUGCUCGGUAACCAGUGGUUGAUUCCUGUGAUGUCCCCUUCCGAAGGGCUGGUUUACAAACCAUACCCUGGGCCUGGAGUCAUGGGCUCAGCCUGCGGCGGAUUUGGGCUGCCCGGGAUGGGCCAUUUUCAGAAUCCAGCGGGCCCAUUCAUUGGCCCACAAUUAUCUUCUUUUCCUCCGGUGGGCCCACAUGGCUAUUUCCCGCCAUAUGGCAUGCCGGUUUCAUAUGGGCCUGGAUUCUCAGGCUCGUCUGCCAAACAAACAAGCGGGCCAUCCAUUCCGAGUCGAAUCUCCCGGGACAUGCAGAACCAAGAUGAUGUCAGUAAUGUCGAAACACAAGCUAGCAUUGUGAGUAGUCCUGUUGAGAAUAAUAUUGAAGGAAAAAAUCCUGUGGAGGAGAGAAACGAGCUUCCACUUUUCCCCAUGUCCACGAAACCAGGCCCACGGGCUCCCGAGCCCAAGGGUCCGACUCGGGUGAUUAAGGUCGUGCCUCAUAAAGCCAGGUCUGCAAGCGAAUCUGCUGCUAGGAUUUUUCGGGCGAUACAAGAAGGAAGAGAAAACAAAAAUGAUCUGUCUUGA